UUGUUUGAUUUUAUCCUUCAAUUCAGCUUUGGCACAGAAACUGACCAAUACAAUGGAUUAUUCGAAGGAACAGCUCCUUGCUCGUUUGAAGGACAAAAAACAAAGGUACUAUAUUGUCUCUGCUCUUGCAGAUAUAAAAGUAGAUUUGAAAGAUGUUAAUGAGAGUUUUGUGUGGCUUCAAAGCUGUGCAGUUUUAUCUUGGAGGCUUGGUUUAGGAAAUGGUGGUCUGAGAAUGGCUCCAGAAGAGGCAUUGAGUGAGAUACUUCAGCUCUUAAUGCCCACGGUCUUGACAAGUUUCUUAUAUCAAUUGGGAGAGAUCCAUCUUACGUUUAUCUGGAGGCUAACCCUACUCUGGGGAAAGAUCAGCCCCCCGAUCUAGCUGCUUUUGUUCCAUUGGGUUCCAUAGUUCCACCAGAUCUUCCUGAAAAGCAGCUUCUUCACAAGAUUCUACUGGAAAUCAUGUUAAUGUGGGUAGUAAUUCUGCAGCAGUUACAGCAAAAGCUGUUAAGCCAUCUGAUAAUGUGCAAAAUGUUAAGGAGAAAUCAGUCAAUGGAGUGCGGCCAUCAAUUCCUUCUGCAGAUGCUGGGAAAUUUGUGGAAGAGCUUCUGGAUAGAGCAUCUGCCUUGCUGCUUUCAGAAAUUUCAGAGGAUUCCAUCAGGCAACAUGGUGGACAGUUUGGAGCUGAAGCAGCCAACAAUAUUAAAAAGAAAAUGUCUUAGAGAAGAUCUAAAGAACCUUGCUGUAAGUAGCAUGUGAUAGCAGUUAAAUAUUUCCUUUAUUUUUCAACACAUUCUCUUGUCUUUUUCCCAUUCCUUUGGACAAACCUAUAGAAACAGUUAGGGUGUUCAAAAGUUUUUGUAUGGCUGCAUAUAAUAAUAGAACGUAGUGAUACGAUCCACAAGUGCCAUGUGUAUUUUAAUUUUAUCCUGAUGAAAAGGUUGGCUUUCACCAUUGUAGACAAUAUUCAAGAACAUAGCAUAUACAGAAGGGUUCUAUUUCGGUACUCUGCUAUCAAGCCAAGCCUCUCUGAAUUUGUCUGUGAUGGUGUUACUCCCUUGUACCAUUUUCCUUACCAGAAACAUAUUC